GUCCGGCUCAGCCAGUGACCACAAUUCACGGUCAUCUCUGUUCGCAUCGUCUUCAGACCGGCAGUACUACUCAGGACGACAUGACAGGAGCACCUGUCGUCGAUGGGCCCGGUGUCACACAGUGAUGGUAUGAUGGGUGGCGACGAGGGCGACCUCAGCAUGGAUGACGAGAUUGAGAUCAUGGCCGAUGACGAGCUGGAGGAGGAGGCGGAGCGUAUGCGUGUUGCUAACCGCCUGCUUUCGGCUAUUCCAACGUACGAGCCGAUCAAUCUGUCCCGCGUCACAACCACCUGAGCCCCAGCCGCUGGCCACACGCCCAGAUCUGCCCAGAUAUCAGCUCUCUUGCGCCAAUGACCUCGACUGGCCGAUGCCUUUGGCACCGUUCAAGGCAGCCCCAGUGCCCAAUCCCCGCUAAGCAACCGCGAACUGCGGCUGGCUAUCGAGAACCAGCUACUCGUCGAGCAGCACCGCUUUUUGAUUCGCGACCUUGGCCAUGC